CUUCACUCUUUAACCACCUCAAUACUUUCAGGCCACUUCUGCUAAAACCAGUCAACGACUUCGAUUUCUAUCAUCUAUAGCCUUUUUUACAGACAUUGAAUGAUAAAAUGUUUUCAGGCGUGCUCGAACGAGUAAAGAUGGUACUCAAGCUACCGAAUAAUGUCCAAAAUAAACGACUGCCUAUUGUGAUUGCAUUUCUACUCUUCAUUUCUGUUCUAUAUUUGGUUUUGUAUCGAGAGAACGGAGAGCAAUCUGGUUCAUCAUCUGAGAUAAUCAAACAGAAUUGGGAUAGUUUUAGCUCUGUGGUUAAGUUAGAACCCACAGUAGAGUUCAGGAAUGGCACAGAUAUAAUAUGGCAAAUCCCUGACUCACCUAAAGCAAUUCUUUUUCUUGCACAUGGUUGUGAUGGUAAAGCAGCUAACUUUUGGGAUAGAUCAUCUAAGUGCCCGAAUUGUGUCGGUCUACCUGAAGAGAGGCUUCUUACACUUAAUGCUUUAGCUAGGAAAUUUGCAGUUAUCGCGGUAUCAAGUGCUGAGGCGUGCUGGUCGUUCAAAGAGGAAAGAUUCACCGUCAAAGAUAUCAUUGAGUGGUGGAUUGCUAAACAAAAGCUUCAACAUUUGCCUCUUGUAGCUUUGGGUGCUUCCUCUGGAGGAUACUUUGUUUCAAUUCUGGCGACUGAUUUAAGAUUUAGUAGCAUCACGGUAAUGAUUAUUGAAGGAUUGUAUGAUCAAAUGGAGAUUCCAGAGAGUUAUCCGCCCACCCUUUUUGUGCACAUGCCUAAAGAUAAAAGUAGGAUGCAGAAACUAAAACGAUUCGCGAUACUCCUGAAGGGAAAAGGCAUUGAUGUUGCAGAAGUUAAAUGCUUGGAGUUUCCUUUGUCGCCUAGUCUGUUUGCUGAUAGAAUCCCUGGUAUUGAUGUUGCUACCUCGGCGAAGUUGUUUAGUCUAUUCCAGGAAAAAGGUUUCAUUGAUAAGAAUGGUUUCAUGACAAAUGAUGGGCGUGAUAUACAUUGGAACAAGACUCUCCAAGAGAGAGGGAUUGUUCUCCCGGAUAAGUCCUUAUCGAAGCACAUUGAAGAGGAAAUGAAUCUUGCAUUUGCUUUUCAUGAAAUGACCAGCUUGCAAUCCGAGCAAAUAUUCAACUGGUUUGAGACUCAUUUGAGCUAAUCAGGUCUUCUGUCCUGCGUAAUGUCCUCUAACAGCACGGGAAGAAUGUCACUCACUCUGCUUUGGACUGCUGACAAUACCAGAAUAAUGUCAUUUGGUGCUAAUAAUAUUUUGACCAGGUCCAUUCCACUUGCUGUGCUUGCAUUUUAAUGGAAUUAGCUGCUGAGUCCAUUAAGUAUAGAUGGACCAUGAUGCAUCUAAUCUAGGUUGUAGAGUUGUUUGUUGGUUGAUUUCAGUUAUAGAUAUGUUGUAUGAGAAAGGGAGCCUUGGGGUUCGAGCCAUGAAAGCAGCCACUAAUACUUGCAUUAGGGUAGGCUGUCUACAUCACACCCCUUGAGUGCGGCCCUUCCACAGACCCUGCGUGAACGCGAAAUGCCUUAUGCGCCGGGCUGCCCUUUAGAUAUGUUGCACGAAUAGUCCUGCACUUCUUAAAAGCUUAUAAUGUGGUGAACAAAAGGUGUAAUGUUGUACGAUUGCUUCUUUAAUAUUGUGGGGUUGCUUUUUGCCAACCCUGUUGCUCAGAAUCAAAACUAUUCAUCACGAUGUCUCAUUGAGCAAUCUUUUCAAGAUCUCAUUAAGACUACUGAAUCUUUUGUUUGCUUUAUUACCUUUAGACAUUGAUUAUUUAUUUGUUUUAAGCCAUUGAUGUGCCUUAAAAACCAGAAUCAAACUGGUAUGAUGAAGUUUAAAACUGAAAUCUGAACCUUUUUGGCUCAAACUGUUGUGUCAUCUACUUGUGCAAGUUAAACAUGAGAAUGGAACUUUGGGGAAAAAUGACUGAUUAAGUGAUGCAAACCAAUGACAUGCCCGGAGCUUGGGUAAUUAUCUUAAUGAAAAUGUCUCCGAAAUGA